AUGGAGCUGGUAGUGGAAGAGGGGGAUAAUGCUCUCACGACAGUUGUGAGCCAGAGCCUGCUCCCUCUAUUCCUACACUGGCACCAUGAGAACCUGCACGUGGCCGAGGCGUGUGGCGAAGCCCUGCUUGGUGCGGCCCGCUUCCUGAGGAGGAGGGAUCUCGAGGAGCUGCUGAGGCAGAAGCAGCGGAUGAAGUUCGUCGAGAGCCUGCGCCGCAGCCGGGCCCGCCAGGCUGCGCCCCCCACGCUGCUCCCUGCCCUGGGCCGUGCGGGCCGGCUCGGCCGGUGCUGGGCGCAGGGAGCGCCCGGCCGAGAGGCAGAGCCCGCGCUGAGCCUUCCCUGCCGGCGCUCCCCGCAGCUGCUGCAGGACGAGAGCCGAGCGGCCGAGCACCUGCGCUGGGCCCUGCCGCACCUGCAGAGCCCACAGAGGCCCCUACGAGAGGCGGCCGUCAGGUUCAUCGGGGUGGCCGGAGUGCUGAUGAUGGGCCAGAAGGAGGAGCUCCAGGUCCUCACUGAGGCUCUUCGAGCCCUCAGGGAAGACGAGAGCCCAUCCUGCAUGAACACCUGGAUAGAGAUGAAAUUCCAAGGAAGAUCUGCAGAACUUCGUUUGUCUCCUGGAGCAGAUGUACCUGUACCGGCCUCCUUCGAUGUUUCCCAGUUCCCUUCGAAGAUGGGACCACCUGCAGAGCAGAAGGGACCAGCUGCAGCUCCAGGCACGGCUCUGGUCGCUCACAGCUGAGCCUGUGCGAAGCCCCAGCAGCUCCUGCCAUCUCUCCCCCUGUUGGCAGCUCCUUCCCUGCAGCCCUCAGGCCCUGCCCAUGCCCUUUUUUACCUCCCAGCUCACCCCUUCGCUUCGCUUUCCCUUAAUAAACUGUUUGUGAUUUUCACUUUACCCGCAUCUCUGUGGAGCUGAAGCGGCACAAAACCUGAGCCCGGGGACACGCAGGGCCCCUCUGCCCUUCUCCUCCCCGCUGCGUUCCGGGCACGGACAGAGAGGAACCAAGGGCAGCUCAGGCUGCAAAAGUCCCUGUCCCGCUGCUCCAGGUGCACAGCGGCACGGAAUUAAAGGGCGU